UAGAACAAAUGUCUACUGUUUCUCUUCCUAUAAUCGCUCCAAUAAGCGGAUGGGAUAUGGGUGUUUUAUCACUUAUAGGAAAACUUAAACUUGAUACGGGACAUUCAAAAUUCUAUGUGACUAAAAAGUUGUAA